CAAAAAAAAUUAGGAUUUUAAAUUGUAAAAAUAGUGCAUAUGGCGACAAAUCAUCUAGAUAAUCUAUUUAACCCUUAAAAUAAGUGUUCACAUGUCCUGCAAACCUGUAUCAUUUUUUGAAUUUCAAAAUUGAUGGGUGGUAUUGGAAAUUAACUUUAGAGCCAUGAUGAAGAUUUCUUAUGCCGAAAGUGUUUAUCUGGAUGAGUAUUGAGGCUUUAUUUUGUUUCCAUGAAGUCUAGCCUUGCAGAACUGAAAAUCCCCUCUUGUCGAUGUUCACGGAGUUUACCAUCUUUUCUUGUCCGUACGGGGGAGAGCUUCACGCUCCCUGCCUUUUCUCCCUCUCAAGCUCGUAGAGUUUGCAGGCACAACGAAAACUGAAAAUUGGCAUUUGCAGAUCAAUGGCAUGAGUAAAAGUCAUAUGUGUUUCUCUCACAUUAGCAAAGGUGUAGCUUUGGUGGCUGGAGAUUGAGCAGGAGGGACAACUGUUAGAUCGGAGAGGUUGGAGAUCUAAUUUGGCUUGGGAAUUUUUGUUGAUCUUGUAUAAGAUAGUUUCUGAUCAAGAUGUUCAUGUGAUUUUCUGAGUGUAAGAAACUCAUUGGGAAGGACAAAAUGGUGCAGCUCUAUACAUUUCAAGAGUGUGUGUGUGGAAAGUUCAGCACAAAGGGUACUAGAAUAUUUUGCUGAGAGGAUGGCUCCCAUGGAGCGACAGCCCUUGAAGCGUUGCCGCAUCUCUGAUCAGCAGAAGCGAAGAGAGCUGGCUCUCCGUCGCCAAUCUGUCAACCGCCGGGAUUCUCAGCUCCAUGCCCGACGCCUUGCCUCUGCCCUCCUUGACAACUCUCCUCCUCCACAAGAGACCCUAACCCUAAUUUCACAACCUGAAAUUCAACAAGAAGAGAUUGAAGAACUGGUGGUUGAAGAAUCAGGAGAAGUUUCUUCGCAUAAAGGGAUUGAUGUCCUCGAAGCCUCGAAGCUCAGAGGUUCUAAAGCUCGACACUGGUUUUCGAAGCAGCUUAUGUUGCCUGAGUGGAUGAUCGAUGUCCCCUCUCGAUUGAGCCAUGACUGGUAUGUGCUUCCAAGGCCUGCUGGAAAACGUUGCCUUGUUGUUUCUUCUAAUGGAACGACAGUCAGUAGGCUACGGAAUGGUUCCAUAUUACACCAUUUCCCGUCUUCUUUGCCGAAUGGUGCAAGAAUUAAGGACAUUGCUGGUCCUGCUCACAUGUACUGCAUCCUAGACUGCAUUUUUCAUGAGCCAGAUCAAACUUACUACGUGAUCGACAUGAUUUGCUGGAAAGGAUAUUCACUAUAUGACUGCAGCUCUGAGUUCAGAUUUUUUUGGGUCAACUCUAAGCUUACUGAGACUGGAGCCUGUGACACUCCUUCAUUCUAUCACAAGUACCGAUUCAGUCUUGUUCCAGUCUACCAUUGUGAUCAGAUGGGACUGCAGGCAGCAUAUGAGGGAAAUUCUCCCUUUAGCAAAGAUGGACUACUGUUUUAUAAUAAGCAUGCUCAUUAUCAUACUGGAAUUACUCCUCUGGCAUUGGUCUGGAAGGAUAUGAAUUGCAGCCAGUAUUUUCUUGAUACAGACAGCAAUGGGGUUAUUCCUGCUCAGCAGCAGGUUGUGUUGGAGCUAAAAGAAGAUGGGAAAGUAGGGAGCUCGGAUGAUCCAUCUGUUGUUUUUAGUUGCUUGGACAGGGACUUUCUACAGCAGAAAAAUUUACAACCAGGUGCCCUUUUACGUUUUGCUAUUGGUGAUGGAGGCUUGAAUAUAUUUGAUGGAAAGCUUGAUAUGGCUGAUACAAAUUACAUUGGGAAAGCCAAUCGUGCUCGUGUAUCUGCAGAUAGCUACAAUAAGGUUCUUUUCCAAUAUUUGGCAAGGCGUUCUCCUCUGAGGAUUGAAGAUUUGGUGGCAUCCAUCAAUUCCUCUCAAGAUGGGAUGGAUGUUGUUAUGGAAGUAUCAACCUACAGCUGAUCUUUUUACUGAGCUUUCCAGAAUCAGCCUACAGCUGACUCGACAAACUUCCAAAAACAUUUACUUCUACGUGGUUUUGACUGAUGUUCACUAUUUAGAAUUCUUUAAUGGUCCUGGCCAAGGUGGAGAUUGGAAUUCCAAAAUGAAAUUUUGUCAGAAGGUGGAGUCUGAAAUUCCAAAAUGAAAUUUUUGUCGGAAUCAAAUUUUACUUAACUUUCAAAGGGAUAAAAUGGGAAUUUUAGGUGAACUUCAGCUAUGCAACAUGUGACUUCCAAAUGUGACUGGCACACGAGAGAGAGAGAGAGUUGCAUUACUAAUUGAUACUCAACUUGUAGAUUUGGCAAGGGGGAACAAUUGUCAUGCUUGUUGAAAGAGUUUUUGGAUGUUGCAUCAGUGUGGCCUACCUCAAUUCAUGCUCCCAUAACCCUAAUCUGAUCAGAGUCACACGAUAGAUUGGUUUGUGGCUCCAUCAUCGUUCAGUUUGGGCUUGGCUCCCCAUAAUGUAUUGUACAUUUUGUUUCAAUUAAAUGUAUUGUACAUUUGUCCAUCUUGAUUACCCUCUUAUUGUCAUACUUACCUUAUAGUUCAAGAGAAAUGGAUUUCGCAGGGUAAAUUACUUUUUA